AUUUCUAAAACUUAAUUGUAAAUUUGGCUGAUGCAUACUACACAGGCUAAAUGGAGAUGUUGAUACCAGGGAAAUGGAAGCAGUCACGUAAUUCUUCUUCUUGAUAGUGUUUUUUCACACACACAUAUAUAUAUAUAUAUAUUAAUAUCCUGUUUUAUCAUAUUUUUGUGGUCUUUGUCAAAUAGAAAUGACAUGUAUGUUCAAGUCUGUGGACACUUGGAAGGCUUGGACGGUAAAAACAAGCUGUUGGUGGCUUGCUCAGUCAGUGCACUUGAAUACGGGGUUCAUGUGGAUGUGCUUGUCGGAAAGCUACAAUUUAAUCGUGAGAGUAUCAUGGAUUGUGUUCAAUGUCUCGAUACUAAAGGUCUUGUUUACUCCACAAUAGACAUUUAUCACUACAAGUUUUCUCUAAACGAUUAUUAUGAGGGAGGUGAAAUUGAUGAGCAACUUUAUGAGAGCAUAUUCUAACGACUUCUAUGAGACCUCAGUUGACGGAACUAAAUCAAACUCAAGGGGGAGCAUUUAUCCUCCGAACAUAAAUCUAUGUUAUAUUUUUUUUUUUUCUGAAAUAAUAUUAACUACAUUUCCUAAAAAUACACUUCGAAACUAACUGCACAUAAUGCUUUUAAUUUGUAUUUAAAAAUAAUUAUUUUCAUACAUGAUGUAUA